CAAAGAUGACCAAAAAGGAAAUUCAGGUUCAUGUGAAUCUAGGUUCCUCUUACAUACGAAAAUACUCAGGUCGCUCCGAGGUCGUCUGAAUCCGAAGGCAGGACGGAGACUCAUUUCAGACAUCUAGAUGUAUUGAAAGAAGAAAUGUUCUGGAAUUCUUCAUGUCACACUUUUGGAUCAUGGGCAUGGGCAUAUGCAUAUACAGGGCGCGCCGGAGGGUAUAUAAGCCCCCAACGUCAUUAUUUUUGUUUCCCCAUCACCAUGGCUCCUCCUAGUCAAAAAUUUCAAUCUGUCUCUUCCGCUGCUGCUAGGCGUAGGCUUUCUUCCCAUUCUUCGUCUCAGAAGCCCAAUGUUGCGUCGUUCGUUCAUCUUACUCCAAUGUGGGCGGGAGUGGCCGGCGCCGUUGUCAAUAACGGCACGCAAUACGAGAUCGCACUAUCUAUCCACGAUUCAGUCUAUAAUACGGACUUCAGCUCUAUACUCUUGCCAUACUCCCCCAAUACUCUCGAGAAGACGAGCAAAGAGAUCGAGAAUCGCAUCCUGGAUACGAUACGCAAAUUCUCCAACGACCAUCUCUGCAAAUUCCUUGGAGCUGGAGUCACAUUUUCUUUGCUAAAGGACGUGCCCAAUAUCUGUACCAAACUUUGGUUAGAGUUGGACAUUGUUCCCAUCGUGUUCAACAUCAAGACUUUCCACACUGACUCCUUGACGAGACCCAACAUCAAACAUCGUAUCUCUUCCACGACAGGAUCUUAUGUCCCUUCAGGCACAGAAACGCCUACAGUCUACGUCGAGGCAAGUCAUCUUGCUACCGUUGCCCCGCACCUCAAUGUUGGCGUCAGUGGGAAACUCCCAAUCCCUCGCACGCUUGAUGAGCAAGCUGACUCUGCCGCCCGUAAAUGCCUCAUGUACUACGGUCCCAACAACAAUCCUCGUCUUACUAUUGGGCCUCGCAAUCAAGUUACCGUAGACGCUGCGGGAAAAAUUCAUUUAUUAGACGAUCUAGAAGAAUAUCGAAAAACUGUUGGCUCGGGGACAUGGAACGCAAUUAACAAACUCGCCGAUGAAUUGCGGGAGAAGAACAUAAAGAUUGGGUUCUUCUCCUCUACUCCCCAGGGUGGUGGUGUCGCUUUGAUGCGCCACGCCUUAAUUAGAUUCUUGAACCUACUUGAUGUUGAUGCUGCGUGGUACGUUCCGAACCCGUCGCCUAGCGUUUUCAGGACAACAAAGAACAACCACAAUAUACUUCAAGGCGUGGCCUCUCCUGAUCUCAGGCUUACCCAGGAUGCCAAAGACAAUUUUGAUGCAUGGAUCCUUAAGAAUGGUUUGCGAUGGACCGCCGAGGGAGGUCCCUUGGCUGCGGGAGGAGUAGACGUUGCUUUCAUUGAUGAUCCUCAGAUGCCGGGGCUCAUUCCAUUGAUUCGUAAAGUCCGACCAGAAUUACCCAUAAUCUACCGUUCUCAUAUCGAGAUUCGCAGCGAUUUGGUUCACAUAGCGGGUUCUCCACAGGAAGAAGUGUGGAAGUAUUUAUGGAAUAACAUUCAGCUUGCUGACUUGUUCAUCAGUCAUCCCGUGAACAAAUUCGUACCAGCCGAUGUCCCCGCCGAAAAAGUUGCACUUUUGGGGGCCGCUACCGACUGGCUCGAUGGUUUGAACAAGGAGCUUGCCCCGUGGGACUCUGCUUACUACAUGGGGGAGUUCCGUAGUCUUUGCAUCAAGGAAAAGAUGAACGAGCUCAAGUGGCCGAUCCGCCAAUACAUCAUCCAGAUCGCUCGAUUUGACCCGGCGAAGGGUAUCCCCAAUGUCAUCGACUCCUACGCGCGAUUUAGGAAACUAUAUGCUCCUCAAUCGAAGAGCGAAGAAGAUAUUCCACAACUGUUGAUCUGUGGCCACGGUGCUGUAGAUGACCCUGAUGCAAGCCUCAUUUACGAUCAAGUCCUCCAGUUGAUCUAUUCCGAUGCGUAUAGAGAAUAUGCAAAGGAUAUAGUUGUCAUGAGACUGCCGCCUAGUGAUCAAUUAUUGAAUGCUCUUAUGGCAAACGCUAGAAUUGCACUUCAACUAUCUACCCGCGAAGGCUUUGAAGUCAAAGUUUCAGAAGCUAUCCACGCUGGAGUCCCCAUCAUCGCAUCUUUGACCGGCGGCAUCCCUCUGCAGGUCGAGCAUGGAAAGAGCGGUUACCUAACUGCUCCUGGUGACAACGCUGCGGUUGCGAAGCACCUUCUUGAAUUAUACACAGACGAUGACCUGUGGCAGAAGGUAUCGGAUUACGCCAAGACACAUGUUUCGGAUGAAGUCGGUACUGUCGGUAAUGCCGCAGCUUGGUUGUACCUGGCUGUCAUGUACGGUGCAAGGAGAACGAAGAUUCACCCUAACGGAGCCUGGUUGAAUGACAUGCUUCGCGAAGAGACGAGUGAACCAUACAAGGAGGGUGAACCUAAACUUCCCAGAGGCAAUCUCAACGUCCAAGGAUAAUCCAACUGUCAGGCAGUAAGAUCAUGAUAUUCAUAGAAAAGUAUGUAUACUUCAUGAUACAUAGAAUACUAUACGUGUAUAACCUAGGUAUGUAUAACUAAGCAAGUAGUCGUGUUCCGAACACAUCUCCCUUCGCUUAUGUACACUGCCCGACCUGACAGUGAAAUCAUUGACCCUUUGAAAGAGACGCGAGAAUGAUGAUCUGAUGAAUUGGUGACA